AUGACAGCAACCACUCACCCCGAGUUCAACGCGGAGACCGAAGCAUUGGACGUCGCAAAGGCAUUCCCUGAUGCGAUCCGAGGCAAGACCAUCCUUGUCACCGGGGUCAACCUCAAGGGAAUUGGCUUUGCCACUGCACAGGCUUUUGCUUCCCAAGCGCCUGCAAGCUGCAUCCUCGCCGGCCGCACCAAGACCAAGCUCCAGGAGUGUAUCGAGGAGCUAAAGAAGGUGUACCCAAAUGUCGACUAUCGGCCACUGAUCCUCGACCUCGGCAGCCAGAAGGCCGUCCGGAGUGCCGCGCAGGAGGUCCUCUCCUGGAACGACGUCCCCCGCAUCCAUAUCUUGGUCAACAAUGCUGGACUGGCCACUAUCCCUGAGCGCACCCUCACCGAAGACGGGAUCGAGAUGACCUUUGCGACAAACCACAUCGGUCACUUUCUCUUCACAUGCCUCAUCAUGCCCAAACUCAUCGAAGCUGCAAAGGCCAACCCGAAAGGCGCAACGCGAAUCGUCAACGUCAGUUCCCGCGCGGCCGAGGGAGGCGGGAUCCGUUGGAGCGAUGUCAACUUCAACAAGAAGUCAAGGGAGUUGCCUGAAGUUGAACAGCCAAAUUACAAACUGCUCGAGAUGUGGGGUAUCCACAAUGGGGCAGAUCUGUCGUACAUUCCUUUGGAGGCCUACACCCAGAGCAAGGCUGCGGGUAUCUUGUUCGGUAUUGGACUUACCAAGAUGUUGUAUGAGAAGUACGGGAUCUUGAGUCUUGCGAUUCACCCUGGUAUCAUUAAUACGGAACUCGCGAGAUAUUCGACCAAGGAGCAGAUGGAUGCCAUCAAGGCCAGAGAGCGGAGCGGGCUGAUCAAGUACAAGACCCUGGGUCAAGGGGCGGCAACGUCACUGGUUGCAGCUCUAGAUCCCAAGCUCGGAUUCAGCGAAACGCACGAUGGCAAGGAGGGAUACGGGGCUUACCUGGUGGACUGUCAGAUUUCGCAGAAUGCGCAUCCCCGUGCAAAGUCGAGUGAGGAGGCUGAGAAGUUGUGGAAGCUGUCGGAAGAUCUUGUCGGAGAGAAGUUUUCUUGGUGA